CAAUUCGGAGGAGCGACCGUAAACAGAAGAAAGCGGAAACAAAAGAGGUUUUAUAAAAACACAAACACUUCCCGGCUGUCGAAGUACUCAGGGAAUAAACUACAGCCAUUGACUUCGCCAGCAAUAAGGCUGAAAUUGAAAAUAAAGAGUCGACGUGAGUUGAGGAGCGAAGUGCAUCAGUCAACAUGGCACUAAAAAGAAUACAGAAGGAGCUGCAGGACCUGCAGAGAGACCCUCCAGCACAGUGCUCUGCUGGACCAGUGGGUGAUGACUUGUUUCAUUGGCAGGCGACCAUAAUGGGUCCGGGUGACAGUCCUUACCAAGGGGGAGUGUUCUUUCUCACAAUCCACUUCCCCACCGACUACCCCUUCAAGCCACCAAAGGUAAGAGCUGAGCUGUUAUACUGUGGAAUGUCAUCACGGUCUUCAGUAAACAAGGCAUUUUUGUCUAAUAUUUCAAAUGUGUGUGUGUUUAUUCUACAGGUAGCAUUUACAACAAAGAUUUAUCACCCAAAUAUAAACAGCAAUGGGAGUAUCUGUUUGGACAUUCUACGGUCACAGUGGUCUCCUGCACUAACAGUGUCUAAAGUUUUAUUGUCCAUAUGUUCAUUGCUUUGUGAUCCAAACCCAGACGACCCCUUAGUUCCAGACAUAGCACACAUCUACAAGAAUGACAAAGACAAAUACAACAAACUAGCAAAAGAAUGGACCCAAAAGUAUGCCAUGUAAAGAAAAAAAAAAUAUCAAAGAAAAAAAAAUAUGCUGAGAAUUUUUCUUUCCUUCCUUUUUUAAAGUCACAACACACUGUAAAUGAUAGUAUGGAAUAAUUAAGUACUCAUAGAUAACAUCCAUCAAACUGUACUGUCAUCAACAUUAUUAUUAAUCUGAGACCAUGACAUAUUCAUUAUUUGUUUUUGAAAGGGAGCAAAGGUUUUACUUUGAGCAGAUGAAAAAGGUUGCCUGUGCUCUUUUAAGGGACACCUUGACAUUUUAGUUUUGCAUGUUGUUUUUAUGUCAAGGAGAUGUUAUUUAUGAAACCCAGGUUCAUUACAAACUGAUUCAAGCAAAUGGACAACAAAUCCACCAUAUAACCAAUCAGCAACAAGCCUUUUUUUUUUCAGAGGAGCUGAGUAAUAGUUCAGUAGCAAAGUAUACUUGUCGGACAAGCUGCUCCAUAACUGGAAAAAUCCCAGGUUCAGUCCCUGCUGCGUCAUCAUCAACAGCCAGCAAUAAAAACACGCUGAACCUCAGAAACGUUCCCCCACUCUGACACAUGUCUGUAAAACAAAAGAAUAAUGACAUAAUUAUAUACUUUUUUAACAUCACAACUCCAGCUCAUGUUCAUGUUCUGGAUGAUGGAGGGUUUUGUUCUUUUGCAUCUUGUAGCAGACAAAGUUGAAUGAAACAAUAUACUGGUGCAGUUGCCCUGAAAAUGGGAGCAAUUACAAAUCAAGUCAUGUAUUACUGUGUUCUUCAUCUCUUAAGGUUUAUUAUUAUUAUUAUUAUUAUUAUUAUUAUUAUUAUUAUUAUUAUUAUUAUUGUAUAGUAUUAAAAAUCUCUGGAACUAUAUUAUUGUUUUAUUCUGUUUCAUUUACAUUUGAGUCAUCACCAUGUAAAUCUGCCAUUAAAAACGAUGUAGUCUUCUCCCCUGAGAAUAGCUGUAAUGUUGGCUUUUCGGUUGAUUUACACAGGCACAAAGAUUCGAUUUUUAAUCCAGUCAAACUUGCAUCUAAGGGUUAAAUAUGUUCUCCUGUUUGACCUCUAGUCUGUGUGUAUAUCUAUCUAUGCUACAGAAAGGGUUAAAAUUCCACUUCCUGUUCCUGUGUAAACAGUCUCUCACUUGUGUCUUUGAAGCCUGUGUGGCACCUUUUGUACUGAAUUAAAGAAUGGUACGCUUUUUAUCAUGA